ACGAAACAACUCAAAAUCGAGAUAAAAAGAACUCAAAAUUAAGUACUUUCUUGACACUUCUGAUUUGGAUACAAUCUUGUACUUGUCGGUAGGUUCAUUUAACAUAAAUUUGCGGUUAAAUCAAAAAACUUCAUUUUGAGUUCAAUGAAUGUUUUUGUUUUGGAUGACGAUUUAUCUUGAUUUUGAGUUGUUCUCCUUUUCUUUCUUUGAAAGUACCCAAAGCCAAGUACUUUAGCUGUACUGUAUUUUGGAUGAAAAACAAUUCACGUCAUUCAUUUGUAGUCUUAUGUUGCCACGACAGUGAGUGUUUAAACAUCAGUCUCUGAAUAAGAAAGCGGAAAUUGUGAGAAAAUUAAAAUGGACCAACUAAAAGCUAAACUUGACGACAAAAGUUACCGUAAGCUCACUGCUAACCUUAUCACGGAUGAAAUUCUUAAAUACCUUGAUGGCGGUGACUUGACAGAAUUAGGCAUAUUGGAGAUGGGCCCUCGUAAGAUCAUCCUCAAUGUUAUUUCUAAAAUAACAGCACAACAAGAGCGUGAGAUCCCAAAGGAGAACGAAAAUUCGGAACAUGAAAAGACCAUACAAUCUAUUCUGGCCGACGAACCAAAACUCCAACGAGUGCUAAAGCUUCUCACCGCUGGUUCCAUUCCUGCCACUAACGAGCUGUUGAAAAUGAAUAGAGUUCUCACAAAAUUCUAUUUCGAGCGGAUGAUUCUGGAAGAGAAAAGAUAUCCGUCAUGGAGUGAGAAGCAAGAAUUGGCUAUAAAGAUCAUCGAAGCCUUUCCACAGCUGGAAAAAACACGAGUGAGUGCUAAUGCUCCAAGAGAGGUAAAUAUUCCCAGUGCUUAUGUUUAA